CUCUGUUGCAAAACACUGCAGCAGAACCGUUUCCACGUAAAAGGUAUCUUAAGGAAAUUUUGUUGGACACUGCUGACGUUGACAAAUCCGGUAUCCCUGCGACCUUGCCAGAUUUCCGGGAACGCUGAUUCCAGGGAACAUGUCUGCUUCAGUGAAAGAAUGCCUUCAGCUUCAGCUGCUGGAGAUGGAAAUGCUGUUUUCUAUGUUUCCUAACCAAGGAGAAGUAAAACUUGAAGAUGUAAAUACCCUGACACUUAUAAAGAGAUACUUGGAAGGCAAAAGAGAGGCCCUGCCACCAAAAAUCGAAUUUGUGAUUACACUGCAGAUUGAGGAGCCCAAGGUGAAAAUUGACUUACAAGUAAUCAUGCCUCACAGCUACCCCUAUGAAGCACUGCAGCUGUUUGGACGGUCAUCUGAGCUCAACAGGCAACAGCAGCUACUUCUCAACAAAACUCUUACUUCUUACAUAGCGACUUUUGAUCCAGGUGAGAUCUGUGUGUGUGCAGCAAUCCAGUGGAUACAGGACAAUAGUGCCUCCUACGUCUUGAACAAAAAGCUCAUCGAUGAACCAUCUGCACAAGCAGAGCCAGUCAAGAACACAUUCCACCGAAUGUGGAUCUACAGUCACCAUAUAUAUCAGCAGGACCUAAGGAAAAAGAUUCUGGAUGUUGGAAAAAGGUUAGAUGUGACUGGGUUCUGCAUGACAGGAAAGCCUGGUAUAAUUUGUGUAGAGGGCUUCAAAGAGCACUGUGAGGAAUUCUGGCACACAAUUAGAUAUCCCAACUGGAAACACAUUUCCUGUAAGCAUGUUGAAAGUAUUGAAACUGAAGGAAACGGGGAAGAUCUACGGCUUUUCCAGUCUUUUGAAGAAUUACUCCUUGAAGCCCAUGGUGACUAUGGAUUAAGGAAUGACUAUCACAUGAAUCUGGGCCAGUUCUUAGAAUUUCUCAAAAAGCAUAAAAGUGAGCAUGUUUUUCAGAUAUUAUUUGGUAUUGAAAGCAAACAUUCAGAAUCCUAGGAGGCUCCUAAGAAGCUUAUGCUUGUAAUUUCACUAAGUCAUUGUUUCUAUUAAUAAGACCAAAAUAAAAGGGCAGGUGGCAGUUUCGCAUUCUCUGUUAAGAAACCUAGCACCAUAAUUUUCAAC